AUGACGAGCAACUUGGCUGAGAGCUUCAACAACACAACUAAGGAUGCAAGAGGCUUCUCGAUCACUGCUGUUGUAGCAUUCCUGAGUUCCAAAGUCCAAAAGUGGUUUGCUUCACGAAAAGAAAAAGCUGACAAGUGGACGAAACUCCUAUCACCAGAAAUGGAGGAGGACUUGGCGUUGCAUUUUGAAAAAUCUCGGUAUUUUAACAUUGACUCAUGUGGACGUUACACGUUGCAGGUUCACCCUGGAGGAACAGUUCAAACCAAUGGCAUAGUGGACUUGCAGGAACAGACUUGCACUUGCGGCUUGUUCCAGUGCAUGAAGUUUCUUUGUCCUCAUGCAUGUGUUGCAUCUCGGGAGCGAAAUGAUUGGGAAUUGCCUGAUGACAUAAAGAAUAUGACAGUUAGAGUGCCUAUUGAGAAGCAACUAGUAGGGCAACCCAAGAAUCAAAAGGUUGGAAGAAUUAAGAACAACCGAACUGCUUGUAAUUGUGAUGUCUUGGAAUAUUAUGUAUUGUUAUUGAAUUAA